CCGGAGAAACACUUCCACUACUUACCGGUCCCAAGUCUCGUCUGCGUAGGUCACCCAGGUGAAAUCAUGAAGAUCUGGACCUCAGAAUACACAUUUAACCAUCCUUGGGAGAUGGUGACCAAGGCUGCUAUGCAGAAGUAUCCCAACCCAAUGAACCCCAGCGUGGUCGGAGUGGAUGUUCUGGACAGAAGUGUUGACCAACAGGGACGUCUCCACAGUAAAAGACUGCUCAGCACAGAGUGGGGUCUGCCAUCCAUAGUGAAAUCUCUCAUUGGAAUCACACGGACGUGCACGUAUAUUCAGGAACAAUCGGUUAUCGAUCCCAACCAGAAGACUUUUGAACUUCAAUCCACAAAUAUCUCUUUCACAAACAUGGUCUCUGUGGAUGAAAAGUUAACAUACAAGCCACAUCCUGAUAAUCCAGAGAAGACAAUACUGACUCAAGAAGCCAUCAUCUCUGUGAAAGGUGUCAGUCUCAGCAGCUAUCUGGAAGGCGUCAUGGCCAGCAGCAUCUCCACCAAUGCUGGAAAGGGCCGAGAAGCCAUGGAGUGGGUAAUCAGACGACUGAACACAGAAAUCGAGGAGCUGGCAGCCACUGCGCGCGGGACCAUACGCACCCCGAUGGCUGCGGCGGUCACUGAGAAAUGACAUCUACCUCUUUUUGUCAACAGACUAAGAGGGACUCGUUGCGAUCAGCCUCCUUUCAUGGCCCUCCGAUGCUGCGUUGGUGCUCUGGGUGUUCUUUAUUAUUUAACGGUGCAUAUGUAUGCGUUACUAUCUACAUUAGAUUUAUAUUCAAGCAGCAGAUGGCAGCAUGAAGGAGUUCUGAUGAAUGUUUUCUGGCCAGUGUUUUCUGGCCAGCACUACAUAUAUGAGAGACUCAGGCAAAUGACUGGGCGGCACCCUGAGGGACAAGUUUAAACACCGCUACCUCUGUCUUUGGAAUGAAAGGAAUACAACAACAGCAGCACUGGUUGAAUCAGAAAUAGGAAAAAGUGCCAAAGCAGACCCUGCUUUUUGCACACACCUUUAUAAUGCGUAGACUCCAGAAUGUCGAGUUUUCUUCUGGUGAACGUGGAGUGUUUAGAAAACCACAUUCAAAUAGAGAACUGAGAUAGGAUGGCAGAAAUCUGCUUGUCAAGAUUGGGUUCAAAUGCAAUUCAUGUCAAAUGUAAGAAGUUUGGAUUAAAUGUCUAAAAUAACUUCAUGGUUAUGGAAAUAAAAAUGAUCUGUAGCAGGUGACAGGCCAACCUGAUUCUGAACCAUGUUCUUAUGUUUUUAAGUUUUUUGUUUUCAUUGAAGGGAUCAAUGUUCUUGCCAUAUUUAUAUUUAACGUGAAGACCUUCCCAAAUGUUUUCAGUUGCACGUUGAACUUGAGCAGUUUCAUCAGUGAUUUGGAACACGAUUUGGAAGCUCCAUGUAAAUGUUUGAAUGGUUACAUUGUUCGUUUGAACUACUUUUUUAAGUACAUGUAUUUGUAAACUGUAACAAAAGUAUUUAUUAAAAAAAAAAGUUUAAUGAGAAGGGUUUUAUUGUUGU